UGUCUGCCUUUCAGUGUUUUACAACUUGAGAAGGCAGCGGCUGUUUUUAUUCAAAAGAUGGAGAGGAGGCAGGAGACAUCCUCUUGAGUGGCUUUGGCAAGCUCUGGAAAUCUCUUCCUACACAUGAUGGUCUUCGGUGCAGGAAGUGCAGCUCUUGGGCGACUGUUUCCAAAUACUCCCUCUGUCUCCAUCUGCUGGAAAGAGCUGCUGGACCCGAGCAGUAUCCGGGAUACACCGAGUUCAGAGGCAUAAAGGAGACACAACCAAAAUAGCGGAUCGAGGCCCCAAUUUCUUUUUCUUGCUCCAAAAAAUUUGGUUUAUUUAUAUGAUAGAAAAUUCGGAGAAAUGAGGGCUUCUGUGCUGCAUCCGCUUUUCGGAUUUGUACGUAUAGCUGAAUUUCCUCCACACCGCAGCCAGUGAAAGCAGCAGCAUCUAGGAGCCAGAGUCCCCCACCGUCCUCCCGUGAAACCGUCACGGCUCCGAGGCCAGAAGUGCAUGGAAACAUGGCUGCUAUGAGGACUUUAACCGUGGCAGGUCUGUUUUUGGCGUUUUGCGCCUUGGGACUGAUAACCGUGGCGAUCAGCACUGACAACUGGUACGAGACGGACGCCAGGCGGCACCGAGAGCGCUGCAAAAAUUACUCCAACAAAAGAAACGACCCGGGCUACAUCUACAUCUCCAACAACAACCUCCCGCUCCGCAUGCUGCCGAGGGAGAAACACGCAGAGAGGAAAAGCGAUAUUCUGCUGCGGGCCAAGAGGCACUUCUUGCCUCCCGCCUCGGCCAUGGAGUCUCUCUGCAGUCGGCACUUCAACUCCACCAUCACCGGGCUGUGGAGAAAAUGCCACCGGGAGGGAUUCAACCUCGAAACGGAGGAUUUGAUCUUUAAAGGAUUGGUUCCGCGCUGCACUCCCAUAAAAUACUACUACUCUUCUGCUGCGCUGCCCAGAAACCUGCCAAUCAAUCUAACAAAGACUAUCAGGCAGGAUGAGUGGCACGCACUCCACCUCCAAAGGAUGACCGCCAGCUUCAUAGGCAUGGCCGUGUCCAUCAUCCUGUUCGGUUGGAUCAUAGGCGUGCUGGGCUGCUGUCAGGAGCACGAUCUGAUGCAAUAUGUGGCUGGACUCCUCUUCCUCAUGGGAGGGACAUGCUGCAUUAUCUCCCUCUGCACAUGCGUGGCUGGGAUCAACUUUGAACUGUCCCGCUAUCCUCGCUACAUGUUUGGUAUACCAGAGGACAUCAGUCAUGGUUACGGUUGGUCCAUGUUUUGUGCUUGGGGUGGACUGGGCCUCACAUUGCUGGCAGGCUUCCUGUGCACGCUGGCUCCUUCCCUCUACCCGCCGCACACCCCAGUGGCUCACAAGCCUAGACAGGAGAACGGCUGUGUGUGACAGGCCAUGACCACCUAAACAGACGCCUGUCUCAUCCUGAAACAGUACUGAGCCUUGCUCCGCAGACAGUAUCAUGCAGGGUCUCUGAGAGCCUUCAGACAGAGAAAAAGCACAGGCUCCCAGACAGACAAAAUGACAAGGAGGUGAGAUUUGACUGAAGUUCAGUUCCUCUGGUGCUUUUUUCUGAAUGAACUCUUAUGUGUCAUUGCUUGCUCUCCAAGAAGGGGACAUGAACAUUUCUUCCUAUAAAUUCUGCUAGCUUGAGAAGAGGAAAAAGAAAAAAAGAAAAACUGGCAAAAGUUCAAUAGCACAACUUUGAAACAAACUGUGUUGAAGACAAAAUUAUUGAUGUGCAUCAUCACAUUUCAAAGGGCAACUGUGUAUCAUUAUGUACUCAUUUAAAACUAUAAAUAUGUACAUGUACUUUUUGAACUGUAUGUAUGCAGAUGCAUUUGUGUUUAUUCAAGGAAAAAUAUGAGCAUUAAGACCAAACUGUGUUUUGUUUGUUCUCAAGGUCUUACAUUCAUCAAGAUAUUUUUGGAAAAAUAAAACAGACAUGCAAAACUAACGUUUGUUGCAUAACACAAUAAACUGACAUAUAAAUGUUUUUAUUGAUACACUGAUGUGGGUUCACAUCACACGUUAUGAGCAGUUACCUCAAAGUACUUACAUGUGCAAAUGCCAGCAGCCAGAACAUGACAUGAGUCCGAAACCUAAACAGAAUUAUAACACCAAAAGAAAUAGAUUAGCUAUUCUAAAUCAGACAGAAACAAGUAGGUAAGUAAUUUUCUGCUGUCGGUCAGAGGUAAAUAAAAUCCCUUUUUAUAUAUUACACUGACACAUAUAAUACAAUAAAAUAAAUGUUUUAAAAUCCAAAAUCUAUUCAAUGCUCUUUGGGGAUUUAUCCAUACAUGUAUGCCCAGUUGUAUUCAUUAGAUUCUCUUCUUCUAUUUUAAUUAACAAAUAAAUUUAAAUCAGCAUAGUUAAAGCCAUUGCUUCACACAUAUGUUGCAGGAGAACUGUUUUACUUUCUGUUACUUGCAGUGAGAAAUGAAAGGAAAUAUAACGACUCCUAGGUAUUUCUUUGUGUAAAACCUAUUUGUUGCAAAGAGAACAGUAUGUGACUUAAAUGUAGCCGUGAAAUACUUGUAAGGCUAAAAGAUGAAUAGCUUCACAAAAUUCAGAACUGAUGGAACUAAAUAUUGUGUCUCUGUCCACAUCGAGAGGGCGCCUUAGGUUUUUAUGGUUCACUGCCUACACAACAAAACCAACAAAUUAAGCAUUAAAAAACAGAAGGUUUAGAAAAAUAAAAAAAUUCAGAAAACAAUGCAAAGCAAUUCAUUAUUUUGAUUUGUCUCACUUUUGACUCCAUCCAUCCAUCCAUCCAUCCGUCCAUCCAUCCAUCCAUCCAUGUAUGUUUUGGUUGCUUUUGUUGUUGUUGUGUCUUAUGUGAUAUUGUGAUGUGUCACAGUUUCUUACAAUUUCAAAGCCUUUCUUGGAUGUUUAUCAUUGUUGCCAGGUCAAUGUUCAGUAUGCCAAUUAUCAUAGUUUUACUAAACUUAGUAUUACUUUCUAAGGAACAAUAAUGUUUUCAUUAGCACUAAUCAUAUAAAGUAUUUCUGGACUUGUUUUUUUUCUUAUGUUAAUCUUAAAAUGAGUUUUUUCCAACUCAAAAUAGAUUCAGCUUUAGUUCUGUUGUCAACAAAAAUAUCCUAAAGGUCAAUGAAACUUAAAAUAAAUUUUUGUUGCGAAGUGGAUCAAUCUUUGCAUUUUAAUCACACAUGCUGAUAAAUAAAACAUGUGGUCACAGUUGUCUCUCUGUAGUUACAGCAGGGCUACUAACACAUGGUCUAUUUCUACUUGACAGACACACGUGUUAUUUUGCAGGCUUUUUGCUCAGUACAGAGAGGAGGGGGUCAAAGUUUUCUCAGGUCAGCUCGGUUCUACAUUCCUGACCUUUCUUUGUUUGUCCUUAACAUGUGUUUGAGUGGAAAACAGUCUGCACUCUUUAAACACUCUCUGAUGUUUUGUGCCUCAACACAAAAAUGACUCAAUGUACAGAAAAUGUUUUAUUUUUUUUUGUUUUACAUUCAGAAUUGCAGAUUUAAGUCAAAAAAUAAAAAUAAAAUGAGAAGAUGGGACUUCUUGUGAGAAGAGCUGUGACCCACUCUACCUUUGUCUGACAUUGUGGAAAAUGUAACCGUAUUUCUCAGUCAAAUCUUCUGAGCCCUGUGCGGUGCCUCUGGAAAUUAAGAGAAGUACAGACAUAUAGGGUUUCUGUGCACACAAAGCUCCUGCAGUUCAGGUUUUUUUUUUUAAAGAUGCCGGUCUGCCAUAUGCUGAGCUAUAGAGAGCUGUUUUAAAAAGGGGGUCCCUCAGGGGAAGCUGGACUGUGAGGAAAACCAGACAGAGGAAAUCACACCCAGUUGCGCCCAUGGCAGCCCAUCUGUCUGCAGAAAGUAUCUCAGUUAAUAGGUGGGUGCACGCUUCUCGUUGCUUGUUUGUGGAUUGUUUUGCAGAUGUUGGGUGAAACGAGUGAAUUUUAUACAGUAAUUAAACAAUUCACAGAUUACAGAAGGCUUUGAAAGUAUAAAGAUUUAGGGAGUUCAGACUAAAACAGGCUAUAAACUUGCAUUUUCCCUUUCCAGGACUCUAAAAAUAUUCCUCCAUGAACAGUAUUUCUAAAAUGAGGACUUGUUUUCCAGCUCGAAAGACGGGCAACAGAAGCAUUUUAAUUAAGAUGAAAGCAAACUGCAUUUUGCGGAAAGCUCUAUUUAAAGUAAACUAGCCUUAUCUGGGGCUGUUUAAGAGUUUAACAAUGUAAUAUUUCACAUGAAACAUGACAGAUAAAAGUGCAGAUAAUAGUGACAGUGGCUGCUUUGGAGCAAAGAUAUACUUCAGCAGAUGAUUUCCAGAUGGUUCACAGGAGGCAGCAACAGAAUUUCAACGCCCAUUAACCAAGUCAAAGGGAUAGUCAAGUCUGCCACUUGCAUAGUUCCAGCAAUAACAGUAGUGACAAAAUGGUGUGAACCGAAAGCAAGAAGACA